GGUGGAUUUUGGAAUUCAAUUUAGAGGAAAAAUUGCGAAUUGGGGGCGAUGGAGAAGGAUCUUCUGGAGUUGUUCGACGCCGUGAAGAAAUCGGCUGACGCCGCCACAUCUUGCGACGGAGGAGCCGAGGAAAGCGAAUGCCUUGAGGCCUUCGAGCAGCUCAAUAAUUUUCCCGUCACUCAUCAAAUCCUCGUCUCAACCCAAGUUGGAAAGCGUCUUCGACAUCUCACAAAACAUCCUAGAAAGAAAAUACAGUCGGUUGCUUCAGGUCUGUUGGAGAAAUGGAAAGAGAUUGUUAUGAGCGAGGUAGGGAAAAAUGUAAAAAAUGGAAACUUGGAAAGAAUAGACUCUCUAAAACGUGAUUCUCCACGUGCCGACAGCCCCAGGCCUGAGAAGGUUCAGAAGACAUCUGCUGUGAACGUUGAGAAGGUUUCCAAGGCUGAACCUGUUGAGGUUAAGAAGGUUGAUCGUGAUGCCAAACCAAGCUCUGAGAAAGCUUAUAGUUCCGGAACUAUCAAAACAGAAAGAAAGGUUCAAAAUGUUAAUCCUGUCAAGACUGAGAAAGCUGCUUCAGUGGAGAGUGUGAAGGUUGAAAAGGUAGUGAAGGACGUGAAGAAACCAGCACUGAACUCUUCUGAUCCCCCAAAGUUAACCUCUAUGAUUAAGUGUAAUGAUACAGCUCGGGACAAAGUGAGGGUACUGCUGCAUGAGGCUUUGUCCAAGGUUUCUGAGGAGGGUGAUGAAAGGUUUGUGGAUGAGGUGAAUGCAGCUGAUCCUAUUCGAGUUGCUGUCACCGUGGAAUCUGUGCUGUUUGAGAACUGGGGUGGUUCCACCGGUUCCCAGAAGGCCAAGUAUCGAUCUUUGAUCUUCAACCUGAAGGACCAAAAGAAUCCAGAUUUCCGCAGAAAAGUUCUGCUUGGACAUAUCAAGGCAGAGAGGCUCGUGGACCUGUCAACAGCGGAAAUGGCAAGUGAUCAGAGGCAAGAGGAGAACCAAAAGCUUGAACAAAAAGCAUUGUUUGAGUGCGAGCGUGGAGGUGCACCAAAAGCCACAACCGAUCAAUUCAAAUGCGGUCGAUGCGGACAGCGCAAGACCACUUACUACCAAAUGCAGACCCGGAGUGCGGAUGAACCUAUGACAACGUAUGUAACAUGUGUAAACUGCAAUAAUCGUUGGAAGUUCUGUUAGGGAUUCUUGUAGGAGCCAUGGACAUUUUAUUGCCGUUUCGACGUCAUAAGAGUCAUAAAACGAGCAGUUUGUACCGUGGUUGUGCGAUUAGGGCAGUUGGACGAAUGGGAACUAGUCGGACGGAUGGAUCCGGUUCAGAAUAUUGUAGCAUAUAUAAUUCUUUCGUUGAUCAUGUUUUCUUCUUCUAGGGUUGGUAGGGCUUAAUUUGUUUGCUUUUUAUUGAAUCGACUCUUUUAUUUCGUUUCACCGAUGAUUAAUAAUUUCAUAUCGCUGUGUUAGUGUGAA